AUGACUGAAGUCGACAUCGCCACCAAAGCUCCCGAGAGCGACGCUCAGGAGCAGCAGACUGAGCAGAGGCCGGAGACCACCACACCUGCAGAACCGCCAGCUCAGACCGGGGAGCACUGCGUAACUGACCGACCAACUCCUAGUGGACAGUCGUCAACCGGUGAGAUCAUUAAACUAAACGAUGUCGACGUAUAUAUUUCCAAACCAUCCGACUACCCACAUGCGCACUCAAAGCUCCUCCUGCUCCUCACGGGUGGCACUGGAAUCAAGUCGGUCAACAAUCAAAUCCAAGCCGACAAAUUCGCCUCAGAGGGCUACCUCGUAUUGAUGCCGGACCUCUUUGCCGGCGACAGCGUCCCCUUAUCCACGGCCAUCACCGACUCCUCCUCCUCCAUCAUCGAGCAAGUCAAGCUCCAGGCCGUCGGGGUCGUCAAGUCCUUCAUUAUCGACAUGUGGCUGGCCCGCAUCACCCCGGACAAGGUCAUGCCCAUCCUGCGCAAGGUCAUUGAGGCAGCGCAAGACCAGUACGCAGACGCCAUCAAGAAUGGCGAGGGGAUAUACGCAGUUGGGUACUGCGUUGGUGGACGGUUCGUCCUCCUGCUGGCUCAGGAGACGGAAGAGCAGGGCAGCGACGAGGAGGCGGGCGCGUUGAAGAAGGGCCCGUAUAUCAAGGCCGGAGCUCUGGCGCACGGUGCGUCGGUCACGCCCGACGAUUUCAACAACCUGAGGGCACCGCUGAGCCUAGUGUGUGUUGAAAACGACAACCUGUUUCCAGACGAGGUGCGGAAGGUGGGCGAGGAUGCCAUGUCCAAGGCAAAUCUUGAGCACGAGGUGCAGGUCUAUCCUGGCGUGCCACAUGGUUUUGCUGUAGUGGGCGCAUAUGCAGAUAGCGCCAUUACCGAAGCACAAACAACUGCAUAUGAGCAAAUGUUGAGAUGGAUAAACGAACACUAG